UUUAGUCAGAACAAGCACCCCAUAUUUUCUCUUCAGAGGGUACUGCAAAAAAUUUCACUUCACUUUCUCUCUCCUCCCAAAAAAUAUAAAAUAAAAAUUAAUUAAUUUUCUAUCUCCUCAAACGAUCAAACUCCAAAUCUGGCAAAUCGCAUAGUCGCAUCUCCUCUGCAUCAUCUUCUUCCUCUUCCCCCGGCAAUCGGCAAUCGGAUCUUGCUCCUCUUAAAACCCUAACAACAAAACCAGCAUCUUGUAGUUGUAGUUGUAUCUCUGGUCGGCGGCGCCCCUGCCAACCAUUUUCCUUCUCUGCUGCUGCUAUUCUCGGACGGGCGCCCUUCCUGCCCUGGUUCAGGGACGGGCUUGGGUCGAGCAGCUGUUAACAGUCCUUUUGCAGCAGCACCACUCCCACUAUGCGUCCCUUUUUAUCGUCCGGUCCCGUUGCCGGUAGACCAGAUGGCGAUGGUGUUAGACCUCCGCCACCCUCGGCACCUGGCAGCGCAAUGCCAUUCGCAUCACCCCGCCCUAUGGCAGGACCUCCAGUCCCUGGAUUUAGGCCUUCACCGGUUGUUGGUUUUACUGAUCAAAUUAGACCAGGACCACCUCCAUCACAUGCUCCGCCCACAUCAAACAAUUUUCAGCAGUUUUCAGCUCCGCAAUAUUCGGGGCCUCCGACGAAUCCUCCUAUACGUACACCUCCUGUUGGACCACCUAACAUGAACAUGGCCUCUCCUAUGCCACCUAAUAUGCCUCCACCGAUCCAACGACCUGGUGUUCCAGCUCCAACACCACCCCUUACCUUCCGCCCUAAUUCCCAGGUUCCUCCGCAACCUUAUGCUCAGGCUCCUCCGCAACCUUUUGCUCAGGGUCCGCCACAACCUUAUGCUCAGGGUCCUCCGCAACCUUAUGCUCAGGGUCCUCCGCAACCUUUUGCUCAGGGUCCUCCGCAACCCUUUAAUCAGGGUCCUCCGCAACCUUUUGCUCAGGGUCCUCCUCAACCUUAUGCUCAGGGUCCUCCUCAACCUUAUGCUCAGGGUCCUCCUCAACCUUAUGGUCAGCCUGCCUACGCCCAGUCUCCCUCACAACCUGGUAUGCAGGGUUUUGUAGAGGAUUUCAGCUCUCUGUCUUUGGGAGCCGUUCCUGGGUCAAUGGAUCCUGGACUUGAUUCUAAAGCGUUGCCAAGGCCAUUGGAGGGGGAUGUGGAGCCAACUGUCUUCAAUGAUAUGACAAUGAAUUGUAGCCCUAAAUACAUGCGCCUUACUACUAGUGCUAUACCAAAUUCCCAGUCACUUGCAUCAAGGUGGCAUUUACCACUUGGAGCAGUUGUUUCUCCACUUGCUGAAGCUUCUGAAGGGGAGGAAGUGCCCAUAUUAAAUUUUGGUUCAGCAGGUAUUAUUCGCUGUAGAAGAUGUCGCACAUAUAUAAAUCCUUAUAUCACGUUCACAGAUGGUGGAAGAAAGUGGCGGUGCAACAUGUGCGCGCUGCUUAAUGAUGUCCCUGGUGAUUAUGUUGCUCCCCUAGAUGCCACUGGCAGAAGGAUUGAUGCAGACCAACGACCUGAACUUAUCAGGGGUAGCAUAGAAUUUGUUGCACCAACUGAAUAUAUGGUGCGAGCGCCUAUGCCGCCUCUGUACUUUUUCCUCAUUGAUGUGUCAGUUUCGGCGGUUAGGAGUGGCAUGCUCGAGGUUGUGGCUCAGACUAUUAAGUCUUGUCUGGAUGAAAUACCUGGGUACCCUCGAACACAAAUUGGAUUUAUAACAUUUGACAGCACCAUACACUUCUACAAUAUGAAGUCAACUUUGACGCAGCCUCAAAUGAUGGUAGUAUCAGAUGUGGAUGAUAUAUUUGUCCCUUUACCAGAUGAUCUCCUUGUGAACCUUUCCGAAUCAAGAAAUGUGGUGGAAUCGUUCUUAGAUAGUUUACCAUCCAUGUUUCAAGACACUGUGAAUGUAGAAUCUGCUUUUGGUCCAGCUCUUAAAGCUGCAUACAUGGUCAUGAGUCAACUUGGGGGUAAACUCUUGAUUUUCCAAAAUACAUUGCCUUCUAUUGGAUUAGGUCGGUUGAGAUUACGAGGUGAGGACCCUCGGGUAUAUGGAACUGAUAAAGAAGCUUCUUUGAGAGUACCAGAAGAUCCAUUCUAUAAGCAAAUGGCAGCUGAAUGUACAAAGUACCAGAUAGGAAUUAACGUCUACGCGUUCAGUGACAAGUACACAGAUAUAGCUUCAUUAGGAACACUUUCCAAGUACACUGGUGGCCAAGUGUACUACUACCCCAGUUUCAGGUCAACCAUUCACGCCGACAAAUUGAGACAUGAAUUGGCGAGAGACCUCACCAGGGAGACUGCUUGGGAGGCUGUUAUGCGCAUUAGAUGUGGGAAAGGUGUAAAGUUCAAUUCUUAUCAUGGCAACUUCAUGUUGAGGUCCACUGAUUUGAUAGCACUUCCUGCUGUGGACUGUGAUAAAGCUUUUGCCAUGCAGUUAGGCCUGGAAGAGACAUUACUGACAACUCAGACUGUGUACUUCCAAGUUGCGUUGCUAUAUACGGCAUCAUGUGGAGAAAGACGUAUUAGAGUACACACAGCUGCUGCACCAGUGGUUUCUGAUCUAGGAGAGAUGUAUCGUAGAGCUGAUACUGGUGCCAUAGUUUCAGUGCUUAGCCGGCUAGCAAUUGAGAAAACUUUAUCCAGUAAGCUGGAAGAUGCAAGGUCUUAUUUGCAAAUGAAGAUUGUCAAGUCCCUAAAAGAAUACCGUAACUUGUAUGCGGUACAACAUCGGUUGGCUGGAAGGAUGAUUUAUCCAGAAUCAUUGAAGUAUUUGCCUUCGUAUGGUUUAGCACUUUCUAAAUCAAUGCCUCUUCGUGGAGGGCAUGCAGAUGCUCUACUAGAUGAGCGCUGUGCAGUUGGGUCAACAAUGAUGACUUUGCCUGUUAAAAGUCUGUUAAAGUUUUUGUAUCCUAGCUUGAUUCGUGUGGAUGAGUUUCUAUUAAAGGCAUCUUCUCCGGACGCAGAUCUCAAGAAUGUUGAAAAACGCCUACCUCUAACGGCAGAAAGCUUAGAUGCCAGAGGCGUUUUUAUUCUUGAUGAUGGGUUACGCUUUGUCAUUUGGAUUGGAAGAAUGUUUCCUCCUGAGUUGGCUGCGAGUUUGAAUAUAGAUUUUGCCUCCGAUCUUUCACAGGUUAAUGGAAGUAAUAAUGAAAUGUCAAGGAGGCUAAUGGGGCUACUUAAGAAACUGAGAGAAAGUGAUCCUGCUUAUUAUCAGUUUUGCCAUCUUGUAAGACAAGGUGAACAACCCAAAGAAGGGUUUUAUGUUCUGUCGAAUCUUAUUGAGGAUCAGACAGCUGGUACAAAUGGCUAUGUUGACUGGAUUGCACAAAUCCACCGGCAGGUCCAGCAAAAUGCAUAAUAAGAAGAUGUAUAAGGAUGUGUCAUAUGACAAGAGAUCAAUUUUCAGUGUAACAACUUGCACAUCAUGGUUAAUAUGGACUCUACGACAUGAGUCCUCAGGAAGCGCUGCUACAUGCUCCUCUCAAGAAAGCGAGAAUAUGUUGGAGGUACACGUAACAGGCUGAGAUUUUGUGAACAAAUUCUUUUUUAUUCUUGUUAAUUUAUUAUUAGGAAAGUUGUACUUUAGGGAGAUCAUAAUUUGUUUUUUGCUUUUUUUCUUCUUCCAGAAGUUGUAAGCAGAAUUUUCUUUUCUUUUGCUUUUAGGAAGCACAUAUAUUUCCUAUUUUGUGUGAUCAUAUCUUCUUAUCUUGUUGGCUUCCUCAACAUUGGCCUCUUGUUUUAAAGGGUGUUGUGAGUUGUGACAUACAAUAAAUGUAUUAACAAUUUUCUCUUUUCUUCAA